CAGUUUCGGUUUGGCAUUCAAAAAAAAAAAACAUCAACAAAAACAAAAAAACAAAUCGGGCUAAAAUAAAUUUUCAAAUAAAUUCAGAAAUUGGUAGCAAAAUUUGUGGUUAGAUGGCCAAGAAGGCGGCACAACAACAACUCCAGGCGGACAUCCAGACGGAUGAGGAACUGGAGCGUUUCAUGGAGCGACCAGGUCUUCUACUUUUGGAUGUAUACUCGGAAUGGUGUGGUCCUUGCCAGGGGAUGGUGGGCUCCCUACGAAAAUUCAAGCUCGAGUCUGGAGGUGACAACUUGCAUUUGGCUAUUUGCAAAUCGGACACCAUCACAAGUCUUAAAAGGUUCAAUAAGAGGAGCGAACCCACCUGGCUUUUUGUGUCCGGUGGUAGGGCCGUUAACAUUAUAUUUGGUCCGGAUGUGCCCAAGUUGAUGGGCAUGCUAGCCAAGGAGUUGGAGAAGGUCGUUCAAAGAGUGCCACGACAGGCCAACUAUAGACUGGACGAACUGCAGCCCAUUGAGGUGGAACAGCAACGUAUCAAAAUGGAGGCCAUUGAAAGGGCCGAGCGGAUUGAGCGUGAGAUUAAGAACAAGAAACAAGUGGACUAUCUUACCCAGGUGACGGAUCACAUAAUGGAGAAUAUGCCGGAUAUUGGUGUAACGGUCUUUGGACCUCAAGUCAAUCGUGAUAUGUUCAAGAAACUAACCGAACCCGCUGAACCGCUGAAGAUGCAGUGCAAGGAUCGUCGGGUCAUCCAGGUGGCCAGCGAACAAUUCGAGAUUGUUAACUUUUCGUGCAAGAAUCCCUUGUCAGCGGAUGUUAUUGAGCAGCUGGAUGGGAAGGAGCUGCUUAUGUGCUUCUGGAAGAUUGAUGAGAGUAUCGGAACUGUACCGAAUGUCCUGAUGGCCUACGCACAUGAAUUGACCAGGGAACGAGUGGGUCCACCCACCGAAGAUAUACCCGAGGAGCAUGUGAUUCCACCAAUUAUCACCACCAUGAAACUAAAGGUCGAAGUGGAGCUAAAGGAGGGCGAAGUUUGGGUCGACGAGAUUAGCUCCGAGGAGGAAGCUAGAUUGCUCCAGGCGAAGGCUAAACCAAAAACCAAAUCGGUCAUGCACGAAGAAGCUCAUUUGGUCGAGGAGGAGGCACCCGAUAUAGACGACGAGGAGGAGGUCAGUGAGGAGGAGGCACCUGAACCACCCGGAGGCGAUACAAUGGGUGGAAUGCCUUCAAUGGUUGGCUUCGACAUGGAUAUUGGCGAUGCCGACGAAGUCGUCGAGGACGAAGAGGAAGCCCAGGAGGUUAAGGAGGAGGAGCCACCGAAGCCACUCACCCGCACCAAAACGGUGAAAAUGCCACCCAUUUGGGUGCCAAACAAUCGACGCACCCAUGCCGCUCUUAUUUAUGUCUUCUUCCGUGGUCAAACGUCCGGAUUCUUGCCACCGGAUCCCAAACCGGAGCCACCACAUGUCAUAAUGGCCUUCGAUGCCUCCAAGCGCAAGGAGAUCAUGCAUGUGGUCGAUCGGCAUAAGGACGAUGUACCACUCUAUGGCUACUUCACCAGUGCUGAACCGGAAGAGGCCGAAUUGAUUGCCAAUUCCACGGACAAAUACGAGGGCAGUCCGCAUUCCGCGGACGACAAGAUCGUGCUGAAGGUGAACAAGGUGCAAUCCAACAUGAUGCUGUCGCUGGUGUCCUAUGGACCCAGCUAUGUCAGUCCCAAUGUAACUGUUGGCAAGGACGAGGCCCUUAAAUUCUUCCCGGAGGACUACAAGCCUCAAGAGGAAGUGGUCGUGGAACCCGAAAAGAAGAGGAAACGCAGCAAGAAGACCGCCGAAAUGCGAGAGUCUAUGGAUCCAGAAACCGCAACAGCAGUGGCUGCCGCCGUCGACGCACCCGCACCACCACCCCCACCGGCCGAAGCCGAAGCUCCCGCCGCAGAGGCCCCCGCUGGCGAGGGAGAAGCUCCAGCUGCGGUGGCUGCGGCAGAAGGAGAAGCGCCACCAGCCGUUGAAGGCGAACCAGCUGCACCAGCUGCACCAGCAGCUGAAACCCACGCUGAAGGAGCUGCCGAGGAGGGAGCAGCACCAGCUCCUGCUCCUGCUCCUGAAGCUCCAGCACCAGAAGCGGCAGCCGAGGCGCCCAAAGAGGAAGCACCCGCAGCAGAAGCACCACCGCCGCCACCGCCGGUGCCAGAGCCAGAGGCUUCAGCUCCAGCGGAACCUGUGCCAGAGCCAGCUGCCGAGUAGUCUUGGCCAAACGUUUGAUAGAUUCAUUAAUUAGUUACUAAAUUAUACAGUUGAUUGUAAAUUAAAAUGUAAAUUUCCAAUGCAGAUAAU